AGGCAGUAUCAGGCCAAUGCCUCGCUUCAUGAAUCGAACGACGUUACGAUCCAUCUCCAUCUUUUCGACAGCGUUUGCAUCCAAGAUGGAUACAACGCCACCCCCAGUACGCAAAUACGUACCGCGAAAUCCAGAUGGGCCAUUCCCAUAUUCCAAAGCUGACCUCACGCCCAUGGAUCCAGGACAAGACUCAACCUUCUACACUGUCCCUCGCUUCGUGACCCACAUUGACGAUAACGCCAUUGUCCACCUCAAGAAAUAUUACGAACAGGCGCUACCUAAGAAAGGACGGAUCUUGGACUUCUGCUCUAGUUGGGUCUCACACUAUCCGCAAGAGAUAAUCAAUGCUGUUGAGUCGGGAGAUCUUCAUGUGCUCGGCAUGGGCAUGAACAAGUCCGAACUCGGGCAAAACCCAGUCCUGGAAUCGUGGUCUGUGCAGGAUCUGAAUGAAGAUCUAGACGUACGCCUACCGGGACCAGAUAGGGGGGAAGUUGAUGCCUCGACUUGCGUCGUCUCUAUCGACUACUUGACCAAACCGGUCGAGGUACUCUCCAGCAUCAGGCACGUCACUAAAAAGGGUGGCAGGAUUCACCUUGUCAUCUCGAAUCGUUGCUUUCCAACAAAGGCUAUUUCUAGGUGGCUUAAAAUUGACGAAAACGAUCGACUUGAAAUGGUGGGAGACUAUCUCUGGUGGAGUGGCUGGCGUAGUAUCGAAAUUCACACUCUGGUUGAAUCGAGUUGGACCAAGGAUCCUCUGUGGGUGGUCAGCGCGGAAACCAUUGCCUAUGACAAUGGUCGAGUCCUAUAA